AUGAAAAUUUAUUUUAUAAUUGCAACACUUUUCAUAUUAAUCAACAGUAAAGACACACAUGAUUAAGUGAGAACCUGUAUAACGUAAUCAUUGUCUUCAACCUCAAAAUGUAAAAAUCAAUACACAAAAUGUUUUGAUGAUAUUGAUUGCAAUAAUUAAUUUGAUGACCUUUUUAGAAAUUGCGUAAUCCAAGGGGGUAGUUCAAUUUAUGAAAGCUAUUGUGUGAAUAUGGGUUUCGCUUAAAUUAGUAACGCAUUAUUGUCAGGUAAAUAUAAAAUGUAUAAUAAAGAUUUGUUUGAUUGUUUAGUUAGACAAUGUAACAUAAUGCAAGGGAAAUUAAAUCAUAUUAAACUUUUUUCAAAUGUUUCUGAGUGCUUCUCAGAUGCCCUCUUAGACUCUUCUAAGUGUUGGAUUUAGUCGAAGAAUUGCUCACAAUAAUGCGAAGAAUAAUUAAAUAUGAUUGCUGAUUGUGAAACUCAUAUUAGCAAGAAUGAUGUCGCUAACACAAGGAAAUGUUUGGAUUCAAAAUCCUUCACUGAUACUAAGGCAAAGGAAAUCAAACAAUGCCUUAUGUUAUCAUGUUUGUGAUUUUAGAUUUAUGCAAAUAAUCAUUAUAUGGAAUUA